CUAAUAGGCUCUGAAGCCCUGACGUUGAAUCUCAUCUCGCGAGAUUGUGACGAAACGCUGGGUGAGCUGGCCUGAAGGGGUCUAGAAGCUGGACAUUUAAACGACGUUGCGGGACUUUUAAACAGCGACCCGGGACUGCGGGCUGUGUUAUGAACAGCGGGACUGUUGGGCGAUACAAGAUGCAGGAAGGGUCAGAAGAUCAUAACCACCGGAGGACUUUAUGAGCCCUGUCCUGUCCUUUCUGAGUAUUAGUCUACCAUCAGGCCCUGUAAUGGCGCAGAGCAGUCAGCAGCUCGACAUGCAGGUAUUAAGUGAUCUUCAGCAGCGCUUCCCUGAGAUUCCGCGGGAUGUGGUUUCUCAGUGCAUGCUACAGAACAACAGCAAUCUUGAUGCUUGUUAUAGAGCUCUUACACAAGAGAGUUGCAAGUACCUGUAUAUGGAAUAUCACAAUUUGGAUGAGGCACGAAGGAACAGUAAUCUUUUGCACAUCAACCUUGGUAUACAUCCAAGUAGCUCAUAUCAUACGGGAGAUGGAGCACAGGUUAAUGGACGUCCACUGGUUCACAGCUCAAGUGAUGGACACAUUGAUCCACAGCACUCUUCAGGCAAGCUUUUGUGUCUUGUUCAAGAGCCCCAGUCUGCUCCAGCUGUUGUGGCACAAAAUUACAAUCCAUUCUUCUUGAAUGACCAGAAUCGAAAUUCACCAACACCCCCUCCGCAGCCCAUUCAGCAGCCAGGUGUCGGCACAUCUGCUAUGCAAGCUUCUCUGCCUACUUAUAUGCAUGUACCUCGUUAUAAUGCAAAUCCUAUAACUGUAACAGUAUCACCGUCGGGCCACAAUGUUCCCAGAGCUUUACAGAUCGUUCCUCAAGUUCAGAGCAAUCCUUAUGGAACACCUAGUUCUAUUUACGUAAGACAGCCAUCACAGAAUUCUCCAGGCAGGCAAACGCAACAGAACAAUCCCUGGCCGCCUUCACCGCAAGCUGUUCUUCCCCAUUACAAUCCAUGUCCUCCUUAUCCUCACAGUUUUCAACCUACACAGUAUUCUCCAAAACAGCCUCAGAUUCCACAGUCUGCUUUUAGAUCUCCACCAACUUCACAGUGCACUUCUCCCUAUAGUUCUCCACAACAUCAAGUGCAGACCAACCAGCUGAGCCACCAGACAUCACAUGUGUUUCUGCCACCCAGCCCAUCAACAGUGUCACCUCACCUAUACCAGCAGGCACCUCCAGCCUAUCCUAAGCAAAGUAGCCAUUCUCUUGGGUAUCUUCCCUAUGGACCUGGUAUGAACAAGGGAUCUAUGAACAAGAUAGAAAUCACAGUUGAAUCACAACAAAGACCUGGACCUGCCUUGAAUAGAAGUCCGUCCCCAAUAAAUAACCAGUCUUCUCAAAGGAGCCAACAGCAUCCUGUUUAUGCAUCAAAUGCACGGUCAGGGUCACCUUCAAGGGGAAUAUCUAGCCAGCCAAAGGCUUCAUAUAGUGGCAGCCCAUUAUUUAUUACAUAUUCACAACCUCCUACAACAACUGGGACUCCAACACCUUCUUCACGUGUUUUAAUGUCUCCGUCAAAUCCAACUGUGUUUAAAAUCACUGUUGGACGUGCUCCAACUGAAAAUCUAUUAAAUAUAGUGGACCAAGAACAGCAUCCCAGCACACCAGAGCCUAUACAGCCAAUUUCCUUGUUGCCAGUUUCAGGUGGAGACAAAGGAAUCCAUAAAUAUCACAAAAGUUCCAGCUCUGGGUCGGAUGAUUAUGCAUAUACCCAAGCCUUAUUACUGCAUCAGAGGGCAAGAAUGGAGCGGUUGGCUAAAGAGCUGAAACAUAAAAAAGAGGAGCUGGAAAAGCUGAAAACAGAAGUUAAUGGCAUGGAGCAUGAUCUAAUGCAGCGCCGCCUCCGGCGAGUGAGCUGUACAACAGCAAUUCCAACUCCAGAAGAAAUGACCAGAUUGAGAGGCCUGAACAGGCAACUCCAAAUAAAUGUUGACUGUACACAGAAAGAAAUUGAUCUGCUUCAGUCACGAGGAAUGGGAAAGCUUGAUGUCAAAGCAAUGAGUAAUUUUUAUGACAACCUGUCACCUGGUCCUGCUGUUCCACCUAAUACUUGUAAAAAGGAGUCAUCAGAAACCACUUCAGGAGAAAGAAAAGCCAGAAGAAUAAGUGUAACCUCCAAAAUUAAAUCUGACCCUCCUGAUUUACAGACUUCUAGUGGUUUGGAUAUUGUUCACUGGCAGAGGUCCAGCCCAAGACCAGCAAGGGAUGAAGAUUUUGAAGGGUCUCCCUGGAAUUGUAAUAGCUGUACUUUCCUCAAUCACCCAGCACUAAACCGCUGUGAACAGUGUGAGAUGCCACGAUUCACCUGACUUCACUGUAAAAGCCUUCAUUUUGCUUGAAGUUUUUAUAUUGAUACUAUCUAGCAUGCAAGUAAGGAACCUUACUUAAGUCAGAUGGAUCAACAAGCUGAGGCCAGCUCCAGAGCAGGACUUGGGAUUAUUGGUUACAAAACCAAUAAUGGGAGAACCGUGGUAAUGAUAUGCCAGAAUGCUCUCUACAAUCUUGACCAUGAAUGAUGGAGGUCUCAAGAUGCUGGUCAUUUGGUUGCCAUCAUUUGUUUCCCCAGAAGACAGAAUAUAAGCCAAGAUUGUAUAGAGGCGAAUGAAGUGUUUCAGGUUCGCUGACCAAUUAUCUGGACGUAUUAGAGAAACACAGGAGAAAUGGACUAAAAUGUUAUAUUCUGCUUCUUGUAAGCAUCCUACUGAAUGAAGACUUUAGUUGUGGAGCAGGUGUUGUAGUAUAACUUGAUUUUAUGAAGCCUACUCAGAAAAAAGGAAUUGCUGCUUUAUUCAGGGUAAUUGUGUCCAUAUGAAAUAAGAAAUGCUGUUAUAAAAAAAAAUUGCGGGUGUGAAAUCAAGGUUUUAGCCAUACCUUUCUAGAACAUAUUAUACAAGUGAUAUUGCUGUCCCUUUGGUUAAUGCUGCGUCCAGCAAGCUGUGUCAUGAAACUACUGGUUAUGUUAACAAUCUUACUAUAAAAAGCUGAAGAUGGAGAUAUUGCUGCAUGUACUUAGUCUUUCUUCCCACCCUAUUCAAGUUAUACCCAAAAGCUUUGUAGGCACAUUAAACACAACCUUUAUGUAUGAUUGCUCAGGAGGAUCUUAGGGCAAAGAUGCCAAAACACUGAUGUACUGGUAUUUGGAAUAUACACACUAAUGACAUGUUAUUCAUACAUACAUACAUAGAUAGAUAGGUAUAUAUAUAUAUAUUCACCAUACAUGCAUAGAUACACAUUCUGCGUGUGAGCUUACCAUUCUGUGAAUCAUGCUUGAUGUUUACAGCACAGAAGGUACUUUGUGCCCCUAUCAACCCACUUGACAUAAUUUUCUAUAAGAGCUGAAGAUCCUUUUAAGAUUCAGUAGAGCUGUGUUAUUUGCACAUUGUUAAAAUGCCUGCUUAUACAAAUGAAGGCAAACAAAAAAAAAAAAAUAAGAAUAUAAUGCACUGCAUUUUUUUAAAAAAAAAAUGUGUUUUUUCUUUUUGUUCGCAAAAAAACACCAAAUUGAAACUCAUAUAUGGUUUUAAAAUCAUGUUGGUACUUCUAAUGCAUCUAAAUUCCUGUAUUGUGAAGGUGAUUGGUUUGCAUCCUGCAAGUUGCUGAAGUAAUAAAGCAUCCAAUUGUUUUGUGAAACAGAGAACUCAAUCUUUCUGUAGCUGAAAUCUGUAGAAAACAAUGGGAGAGGGAUGUUAUAUUGGAUCAUGGUUGCCCCAGAGCAAAUAAGAUCACUGAUUUUAUUCUAUUACCUAUGCUGGACCUCCAGAAGCUUACUAUUUAAUGAUAUGGGUUACAGGACCAGGGGAAAAACAUUUGCCUCUAUUACAGGUAUGGGAUUGGUUAUCCAGAAUGCUCCGAAUUAUGGUCCAUUUUAGUCAAAUCCAUUUUUUAAAAAAAAUGAUUUUCUUUUUCUCUGUAAUAAUAAAACAGUACCUUGUACGUGAUCCCAACUAAGAUAUAAUUAAUCCUUAUUGAAUACAAAGCAAUCUUAUUAGGUUUAAUUAAUGUUUACAUUUAGUAUGCAAAUUACGUUAUCCAGAAAGCCCUAGGCCCAGAGCAUUCUGGAUAAUAGGUUCCACACUUCUCUGUGCAUAAGGCAAAACAUAGGGGGCAAAUAAAGGGCAAGCCAUGUGUGUAGUGUGCAUUUGUGCUUUUCCCAUUGUAUUAUGUGGAUAAUGAACUGAAAGAAAAUCACUUCGGCAAAAUCCUCUUUGGACACUCCAGGAUACAUAAAUUGGUCAAUACAGUAGAAUGAGAGUACCGUUUGGUAAAAACAAAUGUUUCCCAGUUAAGUUUGGCUCUUGCUGUGAAUACAUUUUUCUUCUGUUUUUGCUUCUUUUCUCUUUGUAUGCACUGAAUCAAUCUCUGCUCUUGUCGGCAUUUCCAUAUAUGCUGUUUCAGAUUAAAAAGGUAAAAUGAAGGUAACACUUUUUAGUGUAGCAUUGUUGUGUAGUCUUUCUCCAAAUUACACACAUGAAGUACUAGUGCUAUUUAAAUCAUGAAAGUGCAAUAUCAUACCAUUAAACAGCAUUAAUGAAAGUGG